AGGCAUCGUUGUAGAGACAAUGGAAGAAGAUCAAGGCAACGAUCGCGGACAGAGAGAUACGGGAAUGGGCAGCGAUGAUGACAGCAUGGGAGAGGAGGAUUGUGAAGAGAGUGAGGAAGCAUCAAUGUUAUGUAGGCGCCGAGCAGCACUACUUCUAUGUGUUCAACAACUGUCCCUCGCUCUCAUUGGUCUCCAAACGGUUGCGCAAUCAGCAGCACUCGUAGCCAACGACCAACUAAACAAGACCAUACCCCAGCCAUAUCACACCUCCAUUUUGACUGGCCAUGGGUGGGUCCUUGAGCUGUUGAGUGGUCAUCCUGACCGCAUUCGUGCAGAACUUGGUGUCAGGCGCCAUGUUUUCCUUAGGCUGGUAGAUCUACUCAAGCGCUAUCAAUACAUUGACUCAAGGCAUGUCCGCAUUGAGG